UGGAAGGCCAGCUGAGCAAAGGACCAGAAGAGCGAGACUUUGGCCGAUAUCGAGGAGUUUUUUACCUCUUUUCGCUCUUUCCAGCCUUUGACAAGCACCAUGACAUUUGUGAGGGGCGAGAGCACGUGAGUUGGGUGCGAAAUUCGAUGGCGGAGAGGGAGAGAGAGGCUGAAAUCAGAGGCUUCGACGAGGGACGCUGCGAGGCGGAUGACCGGGGUCGCGAGAGGAACCCGGGCUUAAGUGGCGGUUUUGGGCGGUUCUCGAGCCCCAAUCACUCCAAGAUGUAGACGGAAGCCAAGCCUGGAAGAUGGUCAAGCGGAAACACACUCUCAGUACCAAGGAAAACAACGAGAGUGCGAACCAAGCGAGUGAUGCAGACCAAUGCAGUGAUGCUGCCAAGCGACUAAAGGCUGGUGGAAGCCCAGGAGUGCUAGAGGGCGGAAGACCAGUGGAACUUGCCAGCAGGCAGCCUGACCAUGCCCAUCCACCUGCCUCAUCCACUGUCACAUCCACUGUUGAAGGAACAGUGACAGCAAGCUUACCAGUUUCUGUGGGGCCUUCUCAAUCAAUACCCGAUGUGCCUUUACCGCAGCCCUCUGUCAUACCACAGACCCGAUCAGUGCCACAACUACGUACAAGUGCCCGGGUGCUCAAUAAGCAGCGCAGAGAGGAAACCAAAGUCGAUAAUGUUCAAACAAAUGUUGUGGGAGCCAGAAAAUCAGAUGUGACAGGCCUAGAAUCCGAAUAUGGAGACGAAGAGGAGACACUGGGUGGUGGUGGCGGCAGCAGCAAGAAGAGGAGGCGAGCAUGGGAGCUGUGGUCCAUGGAAGACAAGGACAUCUUCUUCGAGUCCAUCAAUGAGUGCGGCAAGGAUUUUGAGGCCAUUCAGAAUUACAUUACAACUAAACUCAGGAAAAAAGGGACACCAGGUUUCCAGAUCAAGAACAAGGACCAGGUGCGGCACUUUUAUUACAGAACAUGGCACAAAAUCUCGAAGUACAUCACUUUUCAUGAAGGAGUCAAGAAGGCCACCCAGGAGCUGUAUGGCCUCAUUAAUUAUGGUGAGCUGCGCAAGAAGAUCGGAGGCACGCUAGAUGAGCGCAAGGGGCAGAAGUUGCAGGAGUUGAUUCGCAAGGGUUCUACCAGUGUUAGGGUGAAAGGCAAAAGUGUCAGGGUCAGAACGCCUAUUUGCCGAGCUCUCAAAAAGUUGAAUCAGAUUGAAGAACAUCGUGAGCAUGGAGAGCUUAGAGUUCCCUUAAGCAUAACAGUGGAAAUCGUGCCUGCGAGCAUACAUGCAUGGUGCCACGUCCAGGGUCAAGCACACAAUCCUCGGGUCCGUGUGACAACUCCUCUCCAGCGACCUUUGGCAGCUCUCAUCUCUCACCUGCAGGAAAAGUGGCGAAGAUCAGAACUGAAGCUUCGAGAAACACUAUCAUCCCGGGCAACCUUUCCUGUUAACCGGGAGGAUGUCAAGGAAAAGGUUCUGAGAAUAUUACCUCCCAAGGGUACUGUUAUUAAGCCUAUCUCAGUGCAGCCUGAUGUGUUGAUGAAGAGCUCAGCAGUGUCCCUCCUCAGCCACGAGGCAAGACUCAGACGGCGUGGAGAGAAAAUAGGAAGAAGUAACAAGCGCAAGGAAAACAAACAACCCCUGAGUAAGGGACCAACCGAAGAGAUAAUCAUUGAUGAGAUUGCAGGAGAGGGGGAGGGUCCACAGUGUGAUGCAGAGGGGCUGGGGGGAGAUGCAGAGGGUCCUGGCUGUGAUGUGGAUGGCCUGGGAGGAGACUUAGAAGACCUGGGAGGGGAAGUGUCCCAAGAAGAACUGGAGGAUGGAAGUGACGUGGAGGUGGGGGGGAUGAACUCACCAGAUGGGGACCAGGAAGAGGCAGUCAUACUCUCACCAGAUGCUCCAGCAGGUACCACGAAGGGUGCUUGUGGGCCUAUGCAGGUGAAGGAGGAGCCUCCAGACUCCCCACUCAUGAUGUCACACGGCAUCAUAGACUCCGAUAUUAAAGUGAAGGAAGAGAAUGAAGCAGAGUCAACGGAAGCAUUAAGACAGUUGCUUGCUCUGGAGACUGUGGCCAAUGCUGGAACACCAGAAAAUGAUGCUGAUGUUGUUUGUGUAGGGGAAAGUACCAGGCUCACAGCAAAUGUUGGAGAAGCGCAAAAGAGCUCGACAAACGCUUCAGCAAACCAGGCAACUUCAACCCGAGGUAAUGCCCCCUUAGAAGAGAAGGGAUUAGAUAGUCCUAGGCAAGAUGAGGAUGAAAAAGAUCAAAAGGGAGAUGUCACAGCCACACCUGCAGAGGACACUGAGGCUUGGAUGCAGAAAAUACAGGGAGGUUGGACUCUCAGCUCUGUGGGAGGAAUAACUAUUGGGGAAUUAUAUCUGUUGUUUGGGCAGAAUAAGAAACUUAACUUGGAAUAUGAUUUUGAGGAGCCAGUGACAGAGAAGCUGGGUGAAUCAGAUGAUUCACAGACAAAAUCGCAGGAAGAUAGUCCAUCAGGAGGAGCUAUAAGUGGAAUUGUCAAUUGUGAUAUAACAAGGGCAGCUGCUGUAGCAUCUAGUAACCUUCCAGGGGCAGGGAUGGGGGCCAUGCUUAAUAUGGAGAGAGAGCAGAGACCAGAUGCAGCAGGCAAAGACCCAGCAGACAGCAAUAGAGAAAACCCAAAUGAUAAAAGUAAAGUGGAUGUAGGGGAGGCCAAAAGAGCAGCAGUGGAGAAUCUAUCAGGAAUGCUGUUGCAGCUAUUGUCCAUGGUAAGAGUGAUCAUGGCCAAAAGCCCAACAGAAUCCUGCUCCUGUGGACAUGUCUGUGGCCGGGGGAGUGGUGGGUUCCGUAGCCCGGCUGCUACAAAGGGACAAGGCCUCCUAGGGCUUGGCCGGAGUCCCAGCAGUGGUAGGAGCCCUCGCAGUGGAAGAUUAGGAUCUACUGGUGGAAACAGCCCCAAUAUGCGCAGCCCAGGAAUGCAGCAAGUGAUUGCGGGGCGAAGUCCUCUUGCUGCCAAAACACUCAAGGAACGCAACAAGCCUUCAUCAGCCAAAAAGUUGAUACCAGAUGUAAUGGGCUCAGGACUAUCAAAGGUCGACAUAACAAAUGGCACCAGUAGCAGCACCAGCAAUGGAGUUGAAGUAACAUUCUUGCCACCUAUUUCAUCGGUUGCCAUCCCCCCUACAAGCACCACCUCAGGCUCGCAGGAUCAGGGGCAGAUGGCAGGAGUGCGGGUCGUCGUAGGGCCUGGGGGGGAUGGGGGAGAGUUCCGAGUACCUGUAGCACCUGCGCCAAGGCAGGUUCACUCUCAGCAGGCCAGCUUCAAUGCUCAACUGAAUAAAUUUUUACCAAGGUACAACAACAGGCCGGGCAGGAGGGUUGUGCGCAAGAAUGUUGUGGUCCAGCGCCAGUUGCCAUUAUUACCCAAGGCGGUUGUCCCCCCACCAGGAGUUGUCACUGUCAAGAUGCUUACCCCUUCACACCAAGAUCAGACUAGUAGCAGCUUCAUACCUAUUACAAUUGCUCCAGCACCCAGUGGUAUCCCAGUCUCCACAGGCAGCCUCAUCUCUUCAAACCUGCAGCCUAAAGUGUCACCUUCAUUGUCAUCACCUACACAGCCAAUAAGACAUCAGUUGUUGCAGCCAGUGCAGACAUCUUUGAUUAAUAAUAAACCCCCUUCACCAGUGCAGCUACCAGCACUGACGCCUAGGCUUCCAACAGCAUUAUCUUCAAGUACUCCCUGUGCAUUAGGCAAUGCUAUAUCUGUCAAUGUAUCAGGUCAGCCAUUGUUGACAGUAGAAAUGCCUACCUCUGCAAGUGGAGCUCCAGUCACUGUGGACACACCCAGUAAUUCUGCAGAAAGGGUUGAAGCUCUUCCAUCUACAUCAAGGGUUGAUAACACACUCAGUACUGCAGUGAAUACAUUAACUAAUGCCUCCCCUGUAAAUGGGCUGCUUAACACUAUAGUAUCACAAGCACUGAGUGAACUACCAGAUUUGAGCACACCACCAGGGACGCCACAGCCAUCUCACACAAACAAAUCCCCCAAUACUGGUGGCCAUUCUACUGUAACCACAGUAGCUUCAUGUCCACGAAUUCCAUCACCUUCACUAUUCAAUUCUUCACUCUCACUUGAUUCAUUACCAAGCCUAAGUGGUGGAAUAAUGACCAAUUUACCCCUAGUCAGUAAUUCAUCAUCUAUAUCACCUUCAUUGUCAUCAAAUGUACUAACACAGAGCAUUUCAUCCUCAUUAUCACCCAUUACAAAAUUACUCACCACUGCCAGUACAAGCCAUCUUGAGCUUUCACCCCCUCCUUCACAAACCAAUAGCUUUGCCUCCUUACUCAACACACCCACACCACAUUCAACUAGCAAUACCCCUCCCAUUCAGGUUCACAAUGUGUCACCUACACCACCCUCCCUUUCCGCUCUUCUCUCUGCCUCGUCACCUCCAGACAUGAGCAGAAGCUUUGCAUCUCUCCUCUCACCACAUCACGAAAACGCAUCAGCAGUGACCGUGCCAGAGCUCCAUAUUCCUGAAGGUGUUGUCAAUUUGCCUCUCCUAGAUAUUUCCCUUGGUGGAACUGUCACACUGGAAGACCAGGCACCAAGUCUUCUUGGGGAAAGUACUUCUGUGACACUAGGUGCAGAGAUGCCUCCAGUAUCCACUGUAUCCACUGUCACCUCCACAUAUGUAAGGCUUACAACUUCUACUUCAUCUAUGAGUGGAGUUAACAGUCUCCAGGAGACCAGUAGUGACAAACUACUUGAUAUUACCUUAGGAAUCUCCAACUCUAACUCCAGCUUUUCAAGCUUGCUUGCCGCUGCAACUCAGCCUCGUUCUCUUGAUUCUGCCCUCCUGGGUACACCAUCUCUAGUAAGUGACAGUUGCGGGAUUGCUACUGAAAGCAAUGGUGAUGGUGGCAACGUUGUUGAAGGGAUCUCUGCAGUGGAUAUAUCAGGUUUUCCGGCCUUGUCCACGACGCCUCCCUCCCCACCCUCGUCGCCCUCACGUCUUCUGCAGCAGUCGGAUAACCAGUGGCUUAACAAUGAGGUCAAUGAUUUCUCCCUCUCCAGCCUGCUUGGACAUUUUGAGUCCCCAGUCAAGGGGUCGUCGUCUCGGGGAUCAUCACAGCCUGCUUCCUCGGGCCCCAUGUUACCGAAUCUCAUAUCUGUGUACAAUGAAAAUAGUGUAGACUUUACAGCAAAGUUUGCAGAGUUGAAAGCUCAGGCAUCAGAAGUCUACAAACAGUAAUUUAUUUUCCUAAAAGUCUCAAAUGGUAAAAGAUUUUGAACCUGAUCUUUUUGUAAAUCUUUUUGUACAAAUACAUUAAACUUGAAAAAAAGAGCAUAAACUCUAGUUACUUUUCUUCACUACAUAAUGAGCAUUGCACAAUUUAUAUUAUCAAUGCAUAAUUUUGUUAUUUGUAGAGACAUGUGUGAUUAUAAAUUUGCUGAGAUAGUACAUAUCAUAUCACUCGUCUCUUAAGCACUGAAAGGGGUUUGUUGGUCAACUUGCAUAAAUAUUUUGCUGUUGUGAUUAUAUUUAUGUAUAUAAUUUUUUAUUAGCAUAUGGUCAGACAAGCUAGACAAAUCCAUAUGAAAUACUUAGAUUGAUGAUAGGUGCUAGGAAAGGAUUGAAGACCAAGUAACGAAACUAAAUGAAGAAAGUUGCAUAUGUCAACAUGAGUUCUCCUAUUCUUGAUCAGAACAGUAUUAUGGUUUUAAGUAUUAAUUAAUUAGUAUUUGACAGCAAGGCAAAAAUGCACACAAUGUGGAGAAACACAACACAAAAUGCAUCUGCUUGAUUUUAUACUUUAUAUUCAAUCUGAAGAAACACAAGUAGCAUAUUGAGUAAAUUAUCUUGCUCCUCCAAAGUUCAUUUGAGGAUCUAGGAGUUCUCAUUGUAAUUAAAACCCACUAUGCCAUUUCUGCAGCAUAAGUCAGUAAUAUGGCAGAUAAUUUUAGAUAACCCAUUUUACACAGUAUCAGAAGUAUUAAGAAUUGGGUGCUCUCUCGUGAAUACACUGCUAUUUAUGAAGCUUUACACGUAAGUCUUGGUCAAGGCACCUUCCAUUUUUACUUUAGACCUUAACUUGCUGCAAGCCCUGGAAAUCACAUGGAGUUCAUUAUGGUUUCAGUAAACUAAGAGAUGUAAGAGAAAAUAACAUUUAGUACAAGAGUUAACAUAGGUUCCUAGUGUAAAAUGUUGUGUAGCUUGUCAUAAGUAAUAGUCUGUGCUGUAUGACAAGUUUAUAGUGCCUGAUGCUAACAUUCAGCAGAAACGAGUGCAAGAGUUGGUGAUUGAAUGACAGUGUUGAGGUUAAUGCAGUAGGCAGAACUCAAGUGCUUCAAGAUCUUGGCUGUAGUACUUCUAGGAUUUCAACUUUCAACUUCUUUCUGUGUCACCAAAAAGAGUAAAUUACAAUUUUGAUAUUUUUGCCAGCUUUGUUAGAUAGUUGCAAACUGAACAAGACUCAUUGGUGCUGUUACUGAUUUAGUCAUCUUUUAUUCAAUGUGUAUGGUCUUAAUUAACAUAAUGUGUUGCAUUUCGUUUAUGAUUUCAGAAAAGCAGAAAAGCUCUGCUUAAGUGUGCAAAGUACAUUGUUCAAUGAUAAACAAGCUUCAGUUUGUUCAACUUCUACUCCAUCACCCAUUCACAAUAUAAAGCAGGGAAAUUCCAGUCAUUUCUGUUAUAUAUAACCUGUAGCUCAGUAAAGAUUUGCAUGUUUCCAUAGGGAACUGCUUUCAAAUUUCAAUAUGUUAACCACCAUCUGCAAUCAUCAGUUUCACAUUUCAAGCAUGGAAGAUUUGGAAGUUUUUUAUAAAGUGAAUAAUUUUAUGCUAAAUUAUUUUUUUCUGCUUGGGUUGUGAACCAGUUAUUUGAUUGAUUCAUUUUAAAAGGUGCCAUUUUUAGAAUUAGCCUAUUUACAGGACACAACUUCCACAUAUUGUGGUCUUCCUUAUAGGUUGAAUAUUUUAAAAAGCAUUAUCAUCACAUCUAUUUAUCUUGUUUUCAGAAACUUUUUUGAAUUUGGCAAAAAGUGAAAUGAAUUACUGCAUACUCCAAAUCAUUCAUCAUCAAAAUGCAUAAUCUCAAUAGUAUCCUUGAUCCAUAUUGUAAAAAAGUACAUACACAGAUGGCAUUUUUUUUGUUUGACAUUGUAGAUACUGUAUGUUGUUCUUUGUAAAUUCAAAAGGCAGUUCACAUUACAUACAAAAGGUGCAUAAAGAGAAAACUAUAACUGCAUGAAGGGAGAGGGGACUUUAUCAAGUUAAAAGUGGAGAAGAAAAGGCACUGGUUCUUAUAAAUGUACAAAGGUAAAGAGAGAGUAACAAUACAACUGUAGAAUAAGAAGUUAGUUACACCUAUUAGAUAAAUGCAACUAUGUUCAGUAAUUGGUUAGAAGAAUCUGUGUAGAUAUUGACAAUAGUACCUGGUUUCCAAUAGUUAAAAGUGAAAAAAAGAAAAAAUAGUUAUUUAUUCAUAGCAGUAGAAAGUAAAGUGAAUGAUCUCUAAUACAUUUACUCUAAUUAAUGAAAAGUUUUAUGAAUGAUUUCUGGGAUAUUUUACUUUGUAAUUUUAUUUGAUUUUAAAGAACUGGGGCUUUAGGAUGAUGUGAAUGAAACACUAUAUUUGGAAUGAAAUAUGAUUUUUAUAAUCAGGAACAAAUUGCUAAUUAUUCAUUAUUUUUAAAAGUUAAAGGAACGUAGCUUUAUUUUUCCUUUCUAACUCAUCUAUAGGCAAGUUUACAAAUUACAUCCAAAUGGCUAUUUUUUUAUGAACAGGUAAACAUGAAACCCAAACCUCAGACAGAAGUUCAUAUAUGAGAAAGCUUGAAAAAAUGAAGCAUUAUUUUUCUACUCUUAUACAGUUGGUAAAAAAAAUGAUUUGAUGUUUGUAUCUCAUUUGAUUUUUAUCUUGUUUGACAUUUAUCGUUUUCUCUUGACUAUAUUUGAAGGUACAUUUUGCUGUGAAUCCAAAGAUUCUUACAUGUAUACAAAUAAGAGGAAUAUAUACUUAAAAAGAAAACUUAUCAGUUUUAUUUGUUACAGACCAUUUCAUGUACAAGGCUGUGUUAUUUUUAUUAAAGGAUUAUGAAAA